GUGAGACAUUACCGCUGACAGACCUAGAUGAGUGGGUUACCUUUGUGUUCCGCUUGAGUUCAGUUUCCUGUAAUGGCUGCCACUAUAGACAAGCAUGUCUUUUAUUCUUACGUCUUUCUGUACUGGGCAAAGAAGUGAGCAGCGUUCAUUGGAAGCUGAAGCUAGUUUUCUCUUCUGAUAAAAGACUCCGGCAGUAAAUACUGACAGACUUGGUCCUUGUCCGUGGAGCCUGCACUCAGCCAUGUCGAAUGAUCCUCCACUUUCGCAACAGGACGAGCGAAAGAAAAGGUCAGGUAGAAGUGGACCAGUCUCUGGUGGAGGCCGAGUCGUGAAGUACUUACACGUGGUGACUGACAAACAGGCUUCCUUUCUCUCAGGUAAUACAUGUCUACUCCCAGAGGUGAAUACGAAAUCAGGCGCAAAAGUACAGCUUCACAAGGACCAAUCACCUGUACCAGGUACUGCGGUUGUCGCCAUUCACGGUGUUUUAUCUCAGAUCGAGGCGGCAGUCAGGAUCAUCAAUGAGAUGUGUAGAGUUGAGGAAAGCAUGUUGGAACAAGCUCAUGCCUUCUGGCUCCAGUGGGUUGAGGCCUCAUUCCCUGAUCUCGACUCACGCGCCUACUUCCUGCCUCCUGUCUACUUCAACCGCGUGCCCAUGACUAGACAGUCAGCUGCUGGUCAGGAUGUUCUGGUCCUUCAGUCAGCACCUGGACAAGCCGGUCAGUCAGACCAGUCGGCACCUGAACAGGCCGGUCAGUCAGACCAGUCGGCACCUGGACAGGCCGGUCAGUCAGAGCAGUCGGCACCUGAACAGGCCGGUCAGUCAGAGCAGUCGGCACCUGAACAGGCCGGUCAGUCAGACCAGUCGGCACCUGGACAGGCCGGUCAGUCAGACCAGUCGGCACCUGAACAGGCCGGUCAGUCAGACCAGUCGGCACCUGAACAGGCCGGUCAGUCAGACCAGUCGGCACCUGGACAGGCCGGUCAGCUUAGCAAACCUGCGAUGAUUGCAUCUGCCUCUGAAACGUCUAUUCCCCAGAUUGCUCCUGUUAACGACAGUGAUGUCAGAGAUGAUUUAGCCUCUCAGCGGGUUUUCUGCUGUCUGCAGAAAAUGUAUGAAAACAAAAGAGAAGUUUUGUUUGGAAUGAGUCAUUUUAGGUUCGGACAGUACCUAAGUGAAUCCUGCUAUUCUGCUGCGUGUUCCAAACUACCUCUACCGAGGAACUUGCCCAACUCUUCUUCAAAAGACAGACAGGGAGACUUUGAUAUACUUAUUAUUCAUCGAAUGUACGGUUUUGUAGUCUUUGAAGUGAAAUCGUUUGGCGGAAGACUCAAAGAAAGUAAUAUCUUAGGUUCGGAUUUAGAUUAUAACAUUAGAAAGAAACUGAGAAGCGCCAUGUCACAGCUGGACAAGGCGGAGGCCAUGUUGUCUCACCUGGUGUCCGACAUCGCUCCCGGUCUGCGCAUCACUAAGACCAUCGCUUUCCCCAACCUCACGACUCGACAGAUACAAGAUGCUGUAUCUGAAGACACGCAACUGGCUCAGAACCUGUGUCGGUGUCUGGGAACAUCAGACCCCAGUGCCAUCGCUGGUCUGUGUCUGUGCUCUGACCAGUUGUCUGACCCCAUGACCCCAUGUGACGUCAGUAGUCACGUGCUGAAGGAACUCGGACACUGGUGGCAUCGACGUGUGGCUGGUGCUGGACCCGACAGUCACAUGACAUCUGGGGUGUACAAGACACUGGUAGCUAGAUUCUGUGGUCCGGCCACAACAGUGAGUGUGCCCUGCACAUGUCCUCCACGUGUGAGUGUCAAGACCCUGGGUCAGGCCGUGUGGUGGACAGGAGAGUGCUAUACUGCUGUAAUCACACUCUUCCCGGAGCAAGUUCACCUGCUCAACAAAGCAGAUCCUAGGGUGUUUGUUUCUGGUCCACCCGGUACAGGUAAAACUGUGGUGCUGCAGCUGAUGGCCAUAGAGUGGCUACGGUGUGGUCACAGCGUCUACAUUGUGAGUGCUUGGUGGUGGAGUAGUGCAGCAAGUAUCAUGCUGCAUCACCUGUUACAGAAAACAGUUGAAGAGCAGCAAAAAUUAGGACAAUCACCUGGUCAACUUCACCUCCUGCAAUACGAUUUUAGACAGGAGAAAAACGUCAAGAGGGCCGUCAACGACUUGUCACAGGCGGCGAUGGGAGGGUCGUUGUACGUCAUCGCUGAUGAAGCAGAGUCUGAUUUAUGGCCCCACUUCCAAACUUUCUGUAACAACUUGCUGAAACAAGUUCCUCGUCUCCAUCUUUGGGCGGCAAGUUGUUACCAGGGAAACCCACCGACUGGCUGGCAAGAGGAAUAUUUAACCAGACCUCUUCGCUUUCCUUUGACCGUCGUCAGGGAAGUCGAGGAGGACGUGUAUAUCAAAGAGAGUCGUAGUGUUCAGUCGUACAUUGAGCGAGGUGUACCCGACCACACAGACGGCCCGCCAGUCACACGACUGUAUCACCGAGGUCAGGGUCACUCAGGUGACUGGCCAGGUGAAUGUGUCGCCUGCGGUCAUGAGGUGGCCAGCUUCCUACACAGUCUCCGCUCGGGUAUUUUGAAGACUUUUGAAACGGCCACCUCCACCAGCAGUAGUACAUCAUCCCCCUGUUUGCAAUGGAGAGACGUGCUGGUGUUGUACAGGAAUGGUGUUAGUUCCAACUCAGGUAUCAUUCAGGGUCUGGAGGAAACGGGUAUUCCAGUCAAGGAAAUGAAGGAUGAUGACAUUCAGGAUGAGGACAUCGAGGACGUGGCCACGGCCCGCAGUGACGUGGUGUGGGUGGCGGAUGGACAUCGUGUUCGUGGUCUGGAGAAAAAAGUGGUCGUGUGUCUGCAGCCAAACGAAUAUGAUAUCAGACUUCACUCCAUGUCACGGUGUACGUCACAACUUGUAGUUGUGUGUCCUGAUGACAAGCAGUCUAAAUGUGACAGCCAGUUCCUCUACGACAUGUGUUACCCAAUGUAGUCUUGUAUCUAUUUCUUUAUGUCCUCUGCUAAAAUAUUUUCUUAUAAAUUUUAAUGACUUUAAUGUGUUUAUCGUGUACACUUUUUGACUGGUGCUCCCAUGUGUAGUUUUGUAAGAGAGAUAGAGAGAGAGAAAGAGAAAAGAGAAAGAUUUCAGAGAGAGAGAGAGAGAGAGAUGAAGUAAAAGUAAUCAAGCAUGUGCGUAUGGAAAUGCAUAAGCAUCACUUUUCAAAAUAGAGAAUUUGUAUGGGUAUUAUUGAUAGGAACAAACAAAAUACACAUACAAAAGAAAUGAGAAGAGACAGGAAAGAGUAUUUUCAUCUGCGAAACAGACAAUAACGAAUUAGUUACACUAAUCAUCAUGUAUAUCAAAAAUCUAUUCUGACCUAACCAAAAAAUAGAAUAGAAGCAAAAGCAUGAACAGUGAACAUUUGACUGAAACUUUUUUAUCAUCUCUUCAAGAUAUCAGUUAUUAGUAAGACAUAUAUGGCACAGUAAAAAAAAAACAAUAAUAAGUUUAUUUGUCUAACUUUUUCCCCAACCUUAAAGGCGGGGUCACAGCGCUAGGCCUGACUGUCCACAGUUCAUGGCGAUGGAAGAAGUGCAGGAAUGUGUGAGAACAGCCUCGUAGUUGUAGUUACUUGGUUAAUACAACUUCUUUCUGUACACAAGACAACUAGUGAUGUAUGUUUUCAAACGUGGGUUCAUACUUAUCUCCCCGAGCGAUAACAAGUAGUGAACCAUUUAGGAAAAUAUCUAAAUUUAAGACUACAACUCUACAAAUGAUCGCAUUUUAAUCUGUGAAAGAAUAUCCCAGUUCCGAAACUUACUAACGAUCUUUUUUGUUUUCAAAUUCAUUUUUAAGAAAUAGUACCAAGUGUCUUCCUUUUUCGGCCUAAGCUGCAGGUACACAAACACCUAGGUUUUCAGGUUUUGUUUUUUGUUUUGGUCAUAAAUCACUCAUGACUCGAACGUCAGUCUUCUCAUUUCUGUUCAUGGAAAGAGGUACAUCUAAGCCCAUUGAAAGAGAAGCAUAAUGAUUUUCAUAUCACAUAUACUCUUAAAAAUAAAUAGAUUUUGCUGUCAAAUGUAUAUUAUUCAAAGCAAAUCAGUAACAAUCAAAAGAUUGGAAAUGUAUAAGAUGUCAUCAUGACAUGCUUUCGCCAGUAUAAUUUUUUUAUCAUUGAGUUAUAUCCGAAUUUCUUUAUUAUAUCUUUGGCAUUUUAUUGGAAGACAGGUAAUAUAGUUUCAAUGAAUCAUACCAAACUUUUUUGUUUUGGGUUGGCGGUUACAGUUUCACAUUUUCGUAUUUCGAUAUUGUUGACUCCGCAUGCAUAACAUCGGGGAGUCUCUCAUGACUAGAUCGGGUUUCGUCUUCGACGACAGGCAGAAAGUACUCAGAGGACCAGAGAUCGGUGUACUGGCCUAGAAAUAUCACUGGUG